ACUGAAUGCCGCCUUAUUAUGGGAACUUUCAUAGGCAUAUAAAAAUUUUGUAUACUUACAUUCGAUAUUUAGCGAGAUGUAUACUAUAUUCCAUACAUACUGCUUUCCAUUUGAGUGAAAGAGGAGCUCUGAGCUGUACCAUGCAAGAUGUCCUGUGUUCCUUUUAAGAAAGUUUCAAGCUCUGACGCGCUCGAAAUUGGAUUUCCCUUGUCUCUUCAUGCACCACCUAUUUGCUUGGGGCUUGAAACACUUUUGUGGUUAUUUACGUACUGUGAAUAUCAAUUCAAAUGUGUGCAAAAUGAAGAACUUGCAAAACGAGCUGCUCCGAACGAACUGCAUCAGAGCUUCACGCACUCAAAUGGAAAGCAGUAAUAAUGGGCACCCUUCUAUGCAAUAUGUAACAAGCCUAUUGAAAAUGGGUCAAAUCCAAUGAUCCAUACCACUUCGAGGGGCUCUGCCGCUUUUUUAGAUCCAUUUUAGGGGUUCAUUCCUCCUUAAAGAUGAACAGACAGGUGGCACGUACAGGGUGGGGCAGAGGAACUUGCUGAUUUGUAUUCGGCCUCGGCGCCCUUGGGCGACGGUUGCUCCGACAAAAGUGGGAAUAGGUAUAUUUGAGAGAAGGGCAUAUAAAGUUUUUCCGCCGCGUAGUGUCGUCACCAUCAGGGGGUGGACGAAGACGGAACGCCCCUUCGCCGUCGAGGCAUACUUUGCUAACGGUCGCUCAGUCAUAGCCACGCAACGUGCAUUCCGUACUCAGUGAUUUCGAAUAUUGCCACAUUUAGUAGAUAGGGGUGCGUUUUCAUUUUGCUUUUUCAUAAUAGGUACGAUAAUAUUUCAUGUGUAAUCAAAUAAGUAGGCGUGUAGGAUUCUAGGAACCAAGUUCAACGAGGCCCUUUCACUUAUUCGAUUGUAUCGUACUGAAUGCGUAUUAUUGCCGUAUUCAAUAAACGCAAACAUGCUGAACUGCAGUCUCCCUCUGCCCCUGCCGUGAUAAGGAUAACAAUUUUGCCUUCACACAAAAGUAUUGGUAAAAUCACAGAUAAAAUACCCAUUUAUCUGUGGCAAAAUUAAAAUUAGGUACCUACAUAUUUUAUAUUGAUAAUGAUAGGUACCUGAUGUAAGUGAAAAAGGGCGGUUAUUUGGGUAGGUAGUAGAGUAGUAGUAUAUUGUAAUAAUUUUUGCUUUUGGCCAGGUACGUGAACCAAACAUUCGAAAAUGGAGUUUCUAAAACCGGGGGAAGUAUCACAAUGUUUAUACAAUCAAAAUGAUAAACAAAGUCCACAUCCCAAACUUAAUAAGAAGCCUUUCCAGAAGAUUAUACCAAAUAUUCUUCAUGCUAUUGGUAACACCCCGAUGAUUAGAUUGAACCAUAUACCGCAAUCAUUUGGUAUUAAAUGUGAAAUUUUUGCCAAGUGUGAGUUUUUCAAUCCUGGAGGUUCAGUAAAGGAUAGAAUUGCAAUUGCAAUGAUUGAAGACGCGGAAAGCAGAGGACUGCUUAAAUCAACCAGUACGAUAAUAGAACCAACUUCAGGAAAUGCGGGUAUUGGGUUGGCGGUAGCUUGUGCUGUCAAAGGCUAUAAAUGCAUUUGCGUCAUGCCAGACAAAACCUCCAUGGAAAAAGAAAACAUACUAACAUCCUUAGGUGCAAAAGUGAUUCGAACCCCAGACACUUCGGUGGACGACCCAGACGGUGUUUUCCAUAUUUCCAGAAAACUGGCAGCUUCUAUACCUGAUUCAAUUAUCCUUCAGCAAUUUAAAAAUCCCAUAAAUCCUUUGGCGCAUUACCACAUAACCGCCAUGGAAAUAUUUGACCAAUGCGAUGGCGAAAUCGACAUGAUCGUUAUUGGUGUAGGAUCAGGGGGUACGAUGACUGGAGUUGGACGAAAAAUUAAAGAGUUACUCCCUAACUGUACUAUUGUCGGCGUGGAUCCCGUCGGCUCAUUUAUCGCCGAACCACCUAUUUUAAACGAAACAACAUUAAAGUACACCGAGGUUGAGGGAAUAGGUCACGAUUAUUAUCCCAAAACUCUGGAUAAAUCGGUGGUGGACUACUGGAUUAAAGUUACAGAUAAAGAAUCGCUACAUAUGGCUCGAAAAUUACAUAGGGAGGAAGGAAUCUUGUGUGGAUCUAGUACCGGUUCUUUAAUGAGUGGAGCAUUGGAAGCGGCUCGGAAUUUGAAAGAGGGACAGAAGUGCGUUGUAAUGUUUCCUGAUGGUGUUGGCAACUACUUGACUAAGUUCGUGUCUGAUUAUUGGAUGGAGUCAAAAGACUUCCUACCUCGUCCAAACAUUUUUAAACAUUGGUGGUGGGAUAUUACAGUAUCAAAUUUAUCUCUAGCGAGAACUGAGACCAUCUCUUUAAACAUGACUUGUGGUGAACUAUCUAGUAUGUUGUACUCUCAAGGAGUGGAUGUACUUCCUUGCGUUGACCAAAACAGAAUACUUCAAGGGAUCAUAUAUGCAAAAGAUGUAACGUGUAAACUACUUAACGCUUCUAUCACUUUGGGUGAUCCAGUCCGAAGGGUCCUUUCUCAAAAGUACAGAAAAAUAACGGUCAAUUCAUCUUUAGGGGAAUUAUCGCAUAUACUUGAGAGAGAAUUAGUCGCCGUUAUUGUAGAAGAAAACGAGCCAUCACAACCAAUCAUUUUUAAAGGAUUCGUUUUUGCAAGUAAUCUGGUGCAGUAUAUAACGGAAAAUAGCAUCGAAUAAGUAUUACGCCAUUCUUUUUCAUCUGCCUGAAUGUUCAACAGAGAUAAAAGUUUAAAAUAAACUAAAAUUGGUCUCUA